UUGGGUCCAGGAGGGGGAAUAUGGGGCCUUCCUGGCGCCUAGUUCCAUGGGCGAUGGGGAGCGGGGACCAGCAGCAGCAGUCACCGGCAGGUUUUCCUUGUCUGUGCAUGUACAACCAAAGGGAAGGAGGCCACCUGGAACAGCUGGCUGGGUCGGCUGUCAUUGCUUUUGGACUAUGGUUUCGGUUUGGAGGCACCAUGAAGGAUUUCUCUUCAGAGGACAAGUCCCCAGAGUAUUUCUACAUGGGGCUCUAUGUGCUGGUUGGAGCAGGGGCCCUGAUGAUGGCCGUGGGCUUUUUCGGGUGCUGCGGAGCCAUGCGAGAGUCGCAGUGUGUUCUUGGAUCUUUUUUCACCUGCCUGCUGGUGAUAUUCGCUGCUGAAGUAACCACUGGAGUAUUUGCUUUUAUAGGCAAGGAAGUAGCUGUUCGACAUGUUCAGACCAUGUAUGAAGAGGCUUAUAACGAUUACCUUAGAGACAGGGAAAAGGGAAAUGGAACUCUCAUUACCUUCCACUCAACAUUUCAGUGCUGUGGAAAAGAAAGCUCUGAACAGGUCCAACUCACUUGCCCAAAGGAGCUCCUAGGACACAAGAACUGCAUUGAAGAAAUUGAGACCAUAAUCAGCGUUAAGCUCCAGCUCAUCGGAAUUGUUGGUAUUGGAAUUGCAGGUCUUACGAUCUUUGGCAUGAUAUUCAGCAUGGUCCUUUGCUGUGCGAUACGAAAUUCACGAGAUGUGAUAUGAAGCUACUUCUACGUGAAAAUUGCAACCUAGAGCAUACAAAUGUCACAGGAGCUGUCUCCUGGCUCACUUUUAAUAUUCAAAGGACAUUAGGAUCUAAAAUAAUUUGCUGUUAAUUGUACAUUUGCACAUGUAUGAAUGUUUGGCUUGUUACUGGUUUACCCCCUUGAGUGAAUGCCUAUGUAUGUUGACUGAGCGCAUAUUCAUGUGUGAUCUGCGUGUUUCUGGUAUAUGCAUUGUACAUAAUGAAAUCUGUUUGCAAGGAAUUCCUGAUUCUUGUUAUGUGAGAGAAACAACCUAUUUAACUCAGAAAAAUAUAAAAAAACUUUGAUAAACUUAAAAAACUUGGUUACUUAGAAAAAAUGAUAAUGGGUCAGUUUCUUAGACUCUAGCCAUAGGAAGUUCGAUACGGAGAAUUCAGGGAUUUCUAGUUAACAGAAGCAAUAAGCUACAGGAAUUGAGAGAUCAUGGUGCAAUGUUAAAAGUGACUGUGUUUGGGUUAGGUGUAAGGGUUUCCUGGCAUUUUUUUAUAUAUGUACUCUCCCCAGAACAGUAAACCACAUUUAGAACUAAACACAUCUAUAAAACUAAAUAUAGCAUGGAAAAUCUAAUUUGAAUAAGUCAUACUUUCCUAGUAUUUAAAAACAAAAAACCUCGCUCUGGAAAGAGUGUCACACAGACAAUCAUGUGCCCUAUAAAACUGAGUGUUUUUAAGACUAAAAAAAAAAAUUUUAAGAAAUUUUUAAGGAAAUAUUUUUGUUCAUAUAUAAAGACAUUUAAAUAUCUCUUUAUUGCUUUCUUUUUCUGACUCUGCUCUGAACUACUGCAACCCUCACAUCCACAAAAGGGCUUUUAUAUCAAAACUUCUGUGUUUCUCCAGAUGUAAGCAUAAAAGACUAAAAGCAAGAAAUCUGGCAGUUGCAAAUUGUGGGAUAGAGAAUUUUUACUGGCAUUGUAUCUUUGAAAUACCUCAUAACUUGAGUUUACAUAUUUUCCUAAUUUGGGGGGGGGGCAGUUCUUAUUUAUUCACCUAGAGAAUUCUUUUUUACAGAUUAAGAAUUACAGUUUUUGCCACUUAAUAUAUUAUAUCAUGAGCAUCCUUGGCCAAACUAAAAUAAAGAAAAACAUUCUCUCCUAGUUUUGUGCACACAACAGAGACAAGCUAAGGAAACAAAAAUACACGUACACACACAACAGAAAUAUGUUCUUUUUUGUGCAAGUUUCCUAUAAAAAUAAAAUGUUCAUGUUCUUUA